AUACGAUCACAUCACUUAAAACAUUUCGUCUGUUUCUUUAAAUGGGAAACGAGUGGCUUGAUAUUGACCACUUAUAACUUACAAUUUUCAGAAAUUCAAGCUAUAGAUUCCUGUGAACAACCAUUGGUAACUGGUAACUGUGCAUAUAAAUAUAACAGUUACUAUUAUAAUAGUUUUACUGGUAAAUGUUUGCCAUUUAUUUACACUGGUUGUGAUGGUAACAAUAAUAGAUUCAGCACCUUAGAACAAUGUCAGCAAGUUUGUGUGCCAAGUAAGAACGCUUUAUUUUUGUACUCUUUUGUUAAAAGGGGGUCAAUGUAA